AUGUCGUUUCCCUGCCCAACUUCCUCAGAGGCUGUGUGGGCCGCCGCCGCCUCCUGCGCCGCCGCUUCCGCCGGUGAAUGGUCAGCGCUGGAGUUUGAACAGGGCCCUGAACCAUCUCAACGCCAUUUGCGCUCCCGGCCCCCACCUCCUUCCUCCAACAGCCGCUCGCUCCGUCACUCCGCUUCCCACAGGCCCCGCGCGGCCGUCCGACCCCACAGCCAAUCGCGCGGCAGCUUACUCAAACCGCCGCGCAGGCGCCGCUCCCCGCAUGCUCCGGCGCCCGCCAUUGGUCCGGCCGCGGCGCCCGACGGGAGUUGUAGUCCCGGUCCGCGAGGUCCCUAUACUCAGGAGCGGGGCGCGGGAGCGGGUGGCGGGAGGAACGGUCGUGACGGGUCUGACCUGCCCGGGCUCGGGAGCCACUUUCAGCUCCCGGCCCCGCCGGGAGACCCAGGUGCUGCGGGGGAGGGCCGGGGACUCAGUGCAGGCAGCUGUGUCAAUCGUUUCCCCCCCAGGGACACUCCGGUGUCUAGGGAGGAUGGGUUGUGCAGCUGCGCCAGGCCUGCUGGGGCCGCGGCCCGGGAGCGGGGAGGUGGGGAGCUGGCGGCUCGGAACCGCCCUCAGCCCGGCCUGGCGGAUGCUGGCCCAGCGCAGAUCAAUGUAUUACCUAUUCAGAAAGUUGGAAAUUUGGGGGUUUUCUGUCUUUUUCUUAAAGCUUCAGUGGGAAAACAGCAUUCUAAAAAAUAGAGCAAUCAGUUUGUGUUAAGAGGUACGUGAUUCAUCUGGCCCGGACAGCCCUGUUGUUGGGUGGGUGGUUAAUGGAGAUACACCUGGGAAAUUAGAAAACUAAUUGGUUCUAGUGAAAACCCCGCCCCUUCUUCCACAAAAGGAUAAUUUGCUUUAAAUGCACCCAGAAGUUACCAAAUUCCUCCGAUAUAUUCAGGAAACUCCGAAUAAAGAAAAAAAAAAAAAGUUCAGAAAUUCUGCAGCCCUUCCCAAUGGGAAGUUAAGGUGGAUUUUAGCAGGCUGACUUGUUAGACUUUUGCAAUACUGCUUACAAAAUUUAUAUUCUGACAUUUACAAUUUCCCAAAUAUCACAACAGUACUUUCUCUUGAUUGUUUCAAAAUAAAUCAACUUUUGAUAGCCUUUGUGACUGGAAGUUAUAACAGGUCUGCGUAUUCCACUGUGGACAGUAUGUGCAUGACUUGUAUUUGGGUCAGUUUUGUCUUUUUUAAAAAAAUCAACAUAGGAUCUUAUUUUAUCAGUUUGUUUAGAGAUUGCGAGCAGAGCAGAGGUGCUAGCUGCACUUACUAUAAUUAUUUAGAUGACAGAGUGGUGGGUGCUAAUUAAGGGGUAAUUAUCUUGAGAGGCAAAGGCUAAGAUCAAAAAGCCGAAAGUGGUGGAGAGACAAUUGCAGGAUCUUCCUGCAGAAGUGGUGCUGUGAACCCUCCUGGACCAAAGGAUGUAUUCUUUAUGACCUGGCCUGGUUACUUGGCUGGGUCGGUGACUCCACAUGAGGCUUAAGUAGAAGAGUUAAUUUUUUAUAGACAGAGACAAUCCAUGGAACCCAUUUAGGGGCUUUUUGUGCAGUAACUGUGUUUGCGUAGCAUUAAAUUCUUGCCACUCAAAGAGUGAUCCCAGGUCAGCAGCAUGGCAUAAUCUGGAAGCUUGUUGGGAAUACAGAAUUCCUGUCCCCAACUCCACUGAAUCAGAAUUGGUGCUUUUAACAGGAUUCCCCAGGUAACUGGUCCACACAGUAAAGGUGGACAAGCCUAUUUUUUUCAAGGAUACCUAUAGGUAUAUCUAAACUCUAAUCUUUUUUGUUAAGAUGGGGGAAGGAAGGAAGAGACCAUUGAGAACCUAUUAUACAACAGAUAUGAUGCCAGGCUCUUCAUUUGCAUCCCUGCUUGUUAUCCCUGUUUUACAGGUGAGGAAAUUGAGAGGUUGGCAUUUGCUCAAGGUAUGGUAACUAAUGAGGAAGUCAUACAUUUUCCUUUUUUUUUUUUUUAAGAUUUAUUUGUCAGCAAGAGAGUACACAAGCUGAGGA